AUGACCCUCCUAUCAUUACCAGUUGCGGGUGACUCACAUCUACGGAAUAUCACUCAUAUAAAUCAGAUUGCUGAUGAUGACAGGUCGCUCGCAUCGUUAACUACACUUUCAAAAUCUAUGAGAAUUCAAAAUAUUAAUGAUCUCGUUUCGAAAUUUUGUCGAUCGGUCGAAAGAACUGCACUGAAAGAAUCAGAAGACAGUGGAGGAACAUCAAGGCAAAACGAUGAAGGAGGGAAUAUGCCAGAAGAGAUACCUGAAGAAGAUAUAGAUAAUCCGGAUGAAAACAAUCAAGAAAGAGAAGGUGGACAGGGAAAUGAAGGUGGAGACGAAGGGGAGGGCGGAAAUAAUGAACAAGUUCCUGGAAAUGGAGACGAGGGCUCCGAUUCAGAUAGCGAUAAUGAUCUAAAUUAUGAUGGCGAUAAUGAAACAGAAGACAGUACUUCGUCUGAAGAUGAAGAAAAUGACGACGAAGAAGAAGACGAUGAAGAAGUAGUACACCAGCCAGCGCCACAAGCAAAUAUCGAACAAAUAGAACGAUACAUUGGAGUACCUCAUAAUAAUAGAAACCGUCCUGAUAGGAAAGCUCCGUAUGAUCUUCCGGAUAUUGUUGUUAAUAGAAGGCGGAAUAGAAAUUCGUCAGAUACAGAUUCUUCAACAGAAGCCCGACGUAAACGAAAACGUCGUCAUUCUAGUGCGUACGACAGAAAUGAACAAAUUAAACGACGCCGUGAAGAUGAUGAUGAUGACCACCGACCACCAACUCCCAGACCCAGAUUUGUACCAAUAAACUUCUAG